UGGCUUUGGAUUUUUAUUUAUUUAUUUAUUUUUUGUUACUGGUUUUUGUAUGGUCUAAAAUCCAAUGGGUGUCUCUUCCAAGAUAGGAAUUGGAAUCCCAAUCCCCCCCACUCCUUGCAUUCACCCUCUUCCCAUGACCACUCUCUCCUACCCCUAUCCAUUAUUCUUCUUCUACUCUUCCCCCCCACGUGCCCUCGGCUUUCACUCUCCUUCCACUCGCCAUCGCCCUCUCUGUCUCCGUCCCAAGGCCUCCGUUGAAACCCCCGCCGCCGCAGAUAAAUCAGUCGAGAAUGUGGUGAUCAUAGGUUCAGGUCCUGCUGGAUAUACAGCAGCAAUAUAUGCAGCUCGUGCCAAUUUGAAGCCUGUAGUGUUUGAGGGAUAUCAAAUUGGUGGUGUUCCUGGUGGCCAGUUGAUGACUACCACUGAAGUGGAGAACUUCCCUGGUUUUCCUGAUGGAAUAACUGGUCCAGAUUUGAUGGAUAGGAUGCGACGACAAGCUGAGCGUUGGGGAGCUGAAUUGUUCCAAGAAGAUGUGGAACACAUUGAUGUUAAAAACAAUCCUUUUACAAUACAGAGUAGUGAACGCGAGGUUAAGUGCCACAGUUUGAUUUUUGCUACUGGAGCUACAGCAAAAAGGCUCAGGUUACCCCGUGAAGAUGAAUUUUGGAGUAGGGGAAUUAGUGCUUGUGCAAUUUGUGAUGGAGCAUCGCCAUUGUUUAAACGACAAGUACUUGCUGUGGUUGGAGGAGGUGAUACGGCUACUGAAGAAGCAUUAUACUUAACUAAAUAUGCUCGUCAUGUUCACUUGCUUGUUCGUAAGGACCAACUAAGAGCAUCAAAAGCAAUGCAAGAUAGAGUUUACAACAAUCCAAAUAUCACCCUGCACUUCACUACAGAGGCUGUGGACGUUGUUAGCAAUACAAAAGGUCAAAUGUCAGGCAUAUUGACCAGAAGUGUUGAUACAGGGGAGGAAUCUGUGCUCGAGGCAAAGGGCUUGUUUUAUGGUAUAGGACAUUCACCAAAUAGCCAGCUGUUGCAUGGUCAAGUCAAACUUGACAGCUCAGGAUAUGUGCUAGUUGAGGAGGGUACUGGUAAAACUUCUGUUGAAGGUGUAUUUGCAGCGGGAGAUGUGCAGGAUCAUGAGUGGAGACAAGCCAUAACUGCUGCUGGAUCUGGAUGCAUUGCAGCUUUAUCUGUUGAAAGAUACCUAGUUAGAAAUGAUCUCCUUGUUGAGUUUCAUCAGCCUCAAACUGAAGAGGUUAAGAAGGAACUGACGGAUAGAGAUGUUCAAGAAGGUUUUGACAUUACACUUACAAAACAUGAGGGCCAGUAUGCUCUGCGAAAGUUGUACCAUGAGAGUCCGAGGCUUAUAUGUGUAUUAUAUACUUCACCAACUUGUGGUCCAUGUCGGACUUUGAAGCCAAUUCUUAGCAAGGUGAUUGAUGAAUUUGAUCAGAAUGUACAUUUUGUUGAAAUUGAUAUUGAGGAAGAUCCAGAAAUUGCAGAAGCUGCUGGAAUUAUGGGUACCCCAUGUGUGCAGUUUUUCAAAACUAAAGAGAUGCUCAGGACUGUAUCAGGGGUCAAAAUGAAAAGAGAGUACAGAGAAUUCAUUGAAGCAAAUAAAUGAGAGUAUCUGGUUCAUUCUUGGCUAUCAUCAUUUUGUGAUUCAAUUUUGUUCCUUCUGAAAAGUUAGUUGAAUAAAUGCCUUCAAUUUUAAAAUGAUAUCUUGUAUUGAUCAACUACAAUGUAGAUUACACAUGCUGAGUUGCCAAUUUAUUGUUACGGUUUUUUGUUACAAUCUUGCGAUCAAUGUGUAAUUGGCAUUUUUGGCUAUGAACUUUCUUUACGUGGUUGACUACAUGCUGCUGACUAGAAUAAUUGGCAGCCAUUCAAACCUUUCGGUGAAAUAUAUUUUCUUUUUGACUAAGGUUUGUGCAUUUGGUUAUGAAGUUAUAGUCAUCGAGGCCGAUUUGCUGAACAUUUAUUUCCUGUUAUUAAUGAUGAUUUGAGUAUAUAUCUGAUUUCAAGUAGGCUUUUGUAUGCCUCAACUCCCAAUCUUUAUCACACAACUAUAUGUAAUUAAUAUAGUCAAUUUUGAAAGAAUUUAUUAUCAACCUCUUUCAUAGGUGAAUAUAUCUGAUUCAAAAGAGAAAGAACUGACAUCAGCAUUUCAAAUUUUAAUUCUACCAUGAGUUUAAUUCACAUUCCAUGUUCCGAGAAAUAUUUACCAUCCGAGAAGGGAAACAAACGGAGUCUUUCUAUCUAUCUAUAGGCUCUAUAGUAGCACCUAUUACCAUCAAAUAUAGAAGCAGAUUGUCUAGUUAUAAGAAUAUGUUUUUAGAAACAAAUCCUGAAGCAGUCAGUGUCUCCUUCGAAGAAGGUUCACUUCCUCCCCGAUGAUCAAGGUUGGUGUCUGUUCACCAAGAUAAUUUCCUCCUUUGACGAAAUAUUCUGAAGGGAUGUUGGAUUGUUGUGGCAAAAAACCUGUGCAACACUGACGAUGUUUUCUCCUUGUACCUUACAACCAUGUAGAAGAGUGUCCUGUAAACUGCUAAUAGAAGGGCAAGUGCUGCCAAGUCCCACCACUUCGAAUGAUGAAUCUUAAUUCCAAAUGUAUUCUGGAGGAUCAUCUUCCCCUUAAGCUUCGGCUCUCCAGGCACCAAGGAUCAAAUUCAAGUCCAAUCAUAUCAUUCUUGUAUUGACCCUGCACCAUAUAAGGUUAACUCAAGUCUGAUGAGUAGUUUAGAACUUACGAUCAGACCAGCUGAAGCUCCUAUGGACAUCAAGAG